UUUAUUAAUACAACAGUAAGAUUUUACCAUACGUUUUAUUUACGUUUAUGUAUUCGGAUACAGUGCAGAUGGGUUUGUUCAUGUUAAAGGUAGGUGCCGAUCUAUCAGACACCUACUAAUUUUAAUUACGAGGUGAAGCGUUGCGACUUCGCUUGACUUCACACUUGAGCAACUUGAAAUAAUCAGCCAUAAGUCGUACUGCUGCAAGUAAAUAGUUGACAGCAACUUAGUGGCAGCACUAUACACCACUAAUGAGCUGACAACUGCACCUACUCUGCAAUAUCAAACCUAUUUAAGUGCCUGUGGCUGUGAUUCAUAGUACUGACAUACAAUGGAGAAAGCAGUGAAACCGAUCCUGUAUGGAGAUGAAGCGUCACCACCAGUGAGGUUCGCCAUGAUGACAGCAUCUUUAGCGAACAUUGAUAUCGAAUUUAAAAAAAUCGAUCUUUUCAAAGGAGAGAACCGAACUGAAUUUUAUAAAAAGAUAAACCCCUUUCAGAAGGUGCCAAGUCUUUCGGUAAACGGGCAGAAUAUAUGCGAUAGUCACGCCAUAGCCUUGUACUUCUGUAGAAAGAGUAACAACCAAGAUCUGUACCCUGAUGAUAUCAUUCUUAGAGCAAAAAUAGAUGAAUGGCUUUACUUUGAUGCUGGCAUACUAUUUCCAAUUGAUAGUGCUAUAUUUAGCGACCUCUUUGCCGGUAAAUGGCCAGCUAACGAAGUUUUGAUUAAUAAGUGGUAUUCAGCUUUGGACCAUUGUGAGCUCCUUUUAGCCAAACAGAAGUGGCUCACUGGAGAUAAGAUACGCCUUUGUGACAUUUGUUGUGGGACUACUAUAAGUUCUCUGGAAAUAUUGGUUCCUCUCUUGGACCGUCACGAACGCUUGAAAGACUGGAUGAAGGAAUUAAAAAAUCUUCCAUGUUUUGAAAUAAAUACGCAAGGCUUAAAACGUUUACAAGGCUUUGUAGAUGCUAUGAAACCAGUAAUACACAAGUAAAUUGAUGCUGUUGUGCUGUAGGUAUACUUGCAGUUAUUUCGUAGAAAUAAAUUAAUCAAUGUAAA